AUGCUGGAUCCGCCGUCGACGGAUUAUGUGGAUCGGCGCUUCAAAGGCACAAAGGAAGAAUAUUUCGCCCGCCUGGCCGCCAGCGCCACCCUGUACAUUGGGAACCUUUCUUUCUACACAACAGAGGAUCAGGGGAGCAGCACUGGCUGCUGCGACAGCAUCAGCAGCAGCUGUGGCAGGAGGCACAGGAGCAGCAGCAGCGGCAGCCGCAGCAGCAGCAGUAGCAGCGGCAGCGGCAGCAGCAGCAGCAGCAGCAACAGCAGCAGCAACGGCAGCGGCAGCAGCGGCCGCAGCAGAAGCAGCAGCGGCAGCAGCGGCAGCAGCAGUAGCAGCAGCAGCAGCAGCAGCAGUGGUGAUGAUGUGUACGCCCUGUUCUCGCGCGUGGGCCACGUGCAGCGAGUCAUCAUGGGGCUGGACUCACAGCGCAAGACGCCGUGCGGCUUCUGCUUCGUCAUUUACGACCGCCGCGAGGACGCCCUGGCUGCGGUGCGCUACCUCAGCGGAACGUCCCUCGACGAGCGCCCCAUACGCGUCGACAUCGACUACGGCUUCGAAGACGGGCGCCAGUUCGGGCGAGGGCGCUCGGGCGGCCAGGCGCGUUUGAGGGCGGGCUACGUGCGCGACGAGUUCAGGACCGACUAUGACACGGCCCGUGGCGGUUUUGGCAAGCAGCUGGUCAAGCAGAUCCAGGCACAGGGCCUGGCGGUGCAGGAGACAAAGGGCGGGCAGGUCGCGUUUGUGCCGCUGCCGCAGCAGCAGCACCAGCAACAGGGCGGCUGGAAGCAGGGGCAGCAGAGGCGGGGGCAGGGGCCGCGGCCGCCGCAGCAGCAACAGCAGCAGCAGGCGGAAGAUCAGCAGCAGCAGCAGGAGCAGCAGCAGGAGCAGCAGGAACAGCAACUGCAGGAACGGGGUCGCGGCGAUGAGGACGAGGAGGGCGGCGCUGGCGGCGGCGAGCCCUCUGCGAAGCGGCGGCGAGUGGGCGGGGGCAUAGGGGUGGGGGCUGACGCGCAGGAGAACCCAGACGGUGAUCUGGAGGCUGUUGCUGGCGGUCAGCGGGGCGAGGGCGGGGACGAGGCUGGCGGUGCCGAGGAUGGCGCUGGCGCAGACGAGAUGCUGCAGCACGAGGGGAACGGGGCGGCCUGA